CCUACACAAACCCUUCCUGGAAUGGUGAUGGAGUGUUUUGUGAUGCAAAGCUGUCUCAGUUGCCUCAGCAGUGCCUGGAUCCCAGAAUAGUGGAAAGGUUUGUCACUACAUUGUUCAUUGAGCAUUGUGAAUUGUUCCAUCCAGUGAACAGGAACUCUGUGAUCCAUUUCCUGUACAUCAAAGCAUCCUUUUUGCUUUUAUCAAGAAGAUGCUACCUUUGAGGAUGUGAAUGAUAAAUGUAAGAAACACAAGGUUUUGAGGAUGAUGGACUGACACAAUCCAACAAUAUAAGAGAGUAUGAUCAUGGAACAUGUUCCAUGCUGCUUUUUUGACAUACAGGUUCAAUUUAUUUACAAGGCAAAUACGAAUUUUCCUUCAGCUGCCAGAAAGCAGAAUGAAUUUCAGAUCAACCACUGCAUUAAAAACAAAACAACCCCCCAAACAACAAAACAGUCCCAAAUGGUGGAUACUAGCAAAUUAUAAAAGAAGAGAGAAGGAGCCAAAAAUCAAAAAAGGGUACUGGAAAUGCAGCAAGUUAAUGAAAGAGGGAAGAGAGGCAGCCCUUUUUAGAGACUUCAGACUUCUGAUGCAACUGAAAUGCAAUGGGUCCAUGUCUUCCCAGAAACUUUCCGUGCCUUAUUGCAGCUGGGGCUCAAGUCAGACUCCUGUGAGUGCUUCUUCUAUUUUGGAAAAUGCCAGCUCUUACGACAAUGAAGCUUUUGGAAUUGAAAGACCAAAAAGAAAUUUUCAGCAAGAUUCUUGGUUAGAAGAAAGGUUCUACAAGGCACUUGAAAGACCGUUUACUGUAAUGUCCAACCGUGCACUUCCUGAGAAAGCUGUCAAACGUUGUAAGGCUUGUAUCUACCUGUCUCCACAGUACGCUGUGGAGCAAGAAGAGAGAAUAAGUAUAACUGAGUUGUUGUCUGGGAUUGACACAGUAAGUAGAGCUCUGAAGAAUGAGAAAAAGGAGAAAUUUUCAUCUCUCAGCAGAUCCUUGGAUUCACCCAGUGCUUCUCCUAGGCCAUGCGAUAUUCCUGGGUUUCACAUCACACACAAAGGCAAAGUAUACCAGGACUGGAGAGGUGUGAUCGUACCAAAUCCUGUGAAGGAGCAUGACCAAAUGAGGCAAAAAUGCGUAAGACUGAAGGGUAAGAAGAUAGGCUUCCCAGUCUACAAAAAGAAAAGUGCUGCAUCAGGUGCUAAGUCAGAAAGGAAAAAUGUGAGUGACAAACGCCUUUCUCUUCAAACCCAGAAGAAGGAAAAGAAAAAUGUAACUCACCUGGAAGACUUCGGAGCUUUUUGUGAUAGUACAAAGGAUCCUGGCAGCAGAGAAGUACUUAAAGCAGUCAUUUGCAUUCAGAGAUAUGUGAGAGGGUGGCUUGUACGCAGGGCAUUCAAGAGGGUAAAAAUUAAGUCAGCAAGUCAUGGGCCAUCCUUACUAGAAGUUGUAAGGUACUAUUGUAAAAUGAUGGCGCGCAUUAAACAUCGAGCUGGUGUUUUGGAUCCAUCUACACCACUUCAUUAUUUUGAAUUAGAGGAGUGGAUGGACAAGAAAAAAUUUUAUGAAGCGAUGUUUUUCAAGAGAGAGCUUGACAAAAAGAUGGACAGAAAGCAGUUAUCUGAAUUUUUUAGAGACUGUGGAUAUUUUAUACCUGCCAGUGGAAUACAACGGGUCUUCCAGCUGGUCUCUCCAGCUUCCACAGCUGCUGUAAGAAGCAUCAAAAAGCAUCAAGCAAUUGAAAUGGCUUUCACAUUAUUUCCUCCCCUUGGUGCAAAAGUGAAGAACAUAGUUAUAGUGCCACUACCAUGGCUGCACCCUCUGCUGGAUGGAAAAGUUGGAUCCAAGAAAUCAGCAUUUUCCCAUAAGAAGUCAAAGAAAACUGAUUUUCAAGUGUCAGCUGCAUUAGUGAUUUCUUCAAUGAAAGAGCAGAAAAAAACCCACCUCUCUGAUCAGGAUUGCUGGUGUCACUGCGUGAAAAAGAGCUGGUGAAGUCUUUAGAAAUCAAGCUCCAGUGUAGAAACACUCUUUCAUAGGAAAGAAUAUUGCAUCUGAGAGUAAGCAAGACGCAGGGCUCCUUCAUGUUAAAGACAUUCUCAAGUAGGUUAUAAAAAUAAAUGUGAAAAUCUCCAGCAGGUUACGUAAUUUUAGACCAAUCAGUUUGCACUUGAUAGGGUAAAACAGUGUGCAAUGUACAUAAUAGAUUCAAAGAUUAAAACACUAUGAUGUAGUCAACUGAGAAGAAAAACAUAAAAAUGUACCAUCCGGUAGCCUUCAUAGAGCAACAUGUAAGCCAGUGUGUUUAUUUUUUUAAGGCAAUUUGUCUUUCAAACGUAUAAGGGACAGAUCUUUAUUCUACCAGUCUUCCAGUAGCUUCCUUCUCUAAAAAAUCAGUACGUCAGAACAUGAGGCCUAAAAGAGUAAAUUAUGCCUCUGUUUUUUUUCAUUGGGAAGAGUGGAACCGCUGUCCCUUAAACUGGCAUAAUUGUGUUGUGCAACAUGGAGACAAGAAUCAAUAAGGGCAGGCAGGGCUUGUUUCUUUUGCUCUGUAAGCACAGCCAACAACUGAUGCAAGAAACCCAUUAUUAUUUUCAGAGAGAUUUUUUCUCCUGUGCUGCACAGGCACACCAGCAGCUGGUUCAGCAUCCAUCCCACCUGGAGGUGAGAGGCAAUGAGGACGCUCUAAAAUAGAUGUGGUGCUCAGGGAGAAGUGUCUACCCACUGCCAGCUGACUCCCUUUAGGAGCUGCCAACUGUCCAUCCCCAGCUGUUCAUGCUCCUUCAGCCCAAACAAGGUGCUUAAGAAUCUGGCUGAAAGAAAGAAUUGAUUACUAUUUCUGAGAUAAAAAUGACCUACCAGGUUAUCAGCUAACCACUUUUCUGCACCCCCCUGAUUAAUUUGAAGGCAUAGACAUGUGGCAUAUGUGUAACUCAUGCUGCAGCUUUAAUGGGGACCUGGAGGCAGUAAAAAACUUGGGGAAGAAGAUUUGAAGCAUUUAGUACUGCUGGAUGGAUUCUGUUUGCUCUCUCGUAGUGGAAGUAGUAGGGUAGCUGGAAGAAUUCCUUUUCUCUGCCUUCCUUUCUCAUCUUAAAUACAAAUGUAAAAAAUACUGUUCUGAAUAGAUGCUGUUGCGGGGC